UUUCCCUCACCACAAAAAUAUGGAAGACAGUCAUCGCCUAAAACGAGAGUCUGAAUUCUGGUCUGAGCCUGACAUCUCCAAGCUCAGGCGGAAGAGGGGCGACUUUAUGGUCUCUCUCAGGAAGAAGAAGAGGAACCAGCUUUUUAUGCUGAAAAGGAGAGGGAGAAUGGGGAGAUUAGGAGGAAGCACUGGGCAAGAAAUUUUAGAGAAAGAACUCAACGAUGAAAAAAAAGUUUAAAAAAACAGAGGAACAAAUUAUGAAGGACAUGCAGUUCAUAGGUAUCCAGGAAGAACACAGUAGCGAAGAGAAGUUCGAACAUAUAGUAGAAUGCUUCAUGAGUAGUCCCUGUGAGGACAAAGUAGCAGUAUGAAUCAGGAUCCUUUGAAUGUUCUCAUUUAUUAAUAAACAACUCCAUUCAAAAUCUGAUACAGAAGAGUACAGUGAUAAGAUAUUGAUCAAGUUGUUACCAAAAUUCACUGAAAUUUUGGAGUUCUCACCUGCGUAUUUGAAGUAUGAUACUUUGACAUUGCUGAGUUACUGAACUGGGCGAAGAGAAUCAGAGUUUCCAAUAAUGUUCCACACCCUAUUAUCUAAAGGGGAUUUCCUUCAAAGCCUGAUUGGCCUAUUGCGAAGUGAGCUUGACUUAAUUAAUGUGAAGAUGAUUCAGAGAGUCCUGCGGAUAAUCACUAACUUAGCCACGGAUAAGGACAUUAUCAAUUUACUAUUAUCGCUUGAUAUACUCGAAGAAUUACCAAUACCAACAGAAGAGAUGUCUCUCAUCACAGAAGUAAGGAAAGAAAUUGCUAAGUCUAAUAUUGAGAUCAUGGAAUUAGUGACAAAUAAUCUUGAUAAAAAGCACAUUCCACAAGUAAUAAAAACCUUUCCUGAUAUUUUGAAAUCGGUUGGUCGUGAAUUUGGUGAAGAGAAUGAUAAAAUACCUAACUCAGACUUUGAAGUAGAGAUGCGCUUAAUAGUUGCUAAGAUUGUCAAUCGAGUCACCAGCCUUUGAGAUACUUUUAUUGACCUCAUUUUUCACCAUUUCACUAAUGUAGAGGAGACAGUUAUUAGCUGGAUGGAGGAUGAAGUCGGAUGAAUAGCCUUCCAAGGUAUCAGUGUUGCAGGAAACUUAAGUGCGUAUCAAGGUGAAAUCAAGGAUCUUGGGUUGAGAUUGGUUACCAAUGGACUUCUAAAUUCUAUCAGUAGAUUUUUCAGAUCUGAUAAACUAGAAAAGCAAUAUGAAUCGUAUUUUACUCUAAGUAAUGUUAUAUGAGAGUCUUUUGAAGCUGCGAAAAGUGUUAUAAACAAUCAAGAAAUACUGGAUAUGCUCCUAGAGCUUUUAGGAACAGUUUCUAAUGAGGUGGCCUUAAAAGAGUUGACCUCUCUAAUAUGAAAUAUUCUCAAAAAUAUCUGUGAAAACAAGUAUGAAUGGCAUAAAAAAUGUAUUCGGUACUUGUAUGAAAACAACCUGAUAGGAAAAUAUAAAGAAAUUCUGGAGAUUCCAGGCUUAUCCCUGAGAUGCAAAUGAAUGACCCUAUACGGCCUUAAACUUCUCUUUGACCUCAAGAAGAACAUGAAUCAAGAGUAUAAUUUUUAUGCCAAGGCUUUCAUCGAGAUUCAAGGAAAUGAACUGCUUGAGGACCUCUAUAAUGAAGAAAAGAAUGAAGGCAUAAAGAUCCUUAUGAAGGUGAUCAUUGAGGACUAUUUUAUUAAAUCUUGUUUAGAAUCAGACUAAAAUAUUUCAA